CCUCUUCUCUAACUAGGGUUCCAUAGAUGUGGCCAAUCUCUACCAGUCAUUAACCCUAUCACCUACACACUCCCACUCUCAAGAAAUCAACAAGAAUGGUUGCUAUCACCUGUUCCCACGUGAACUUGUCACCAUUUCAAACCAAGAAAUUUUCUUUUCUUUUUAGAAAUUUUGAUUUACCUAAAUACGGAUCAUCAUCAAGAACAACAUCAGCCCUUUUUUGUACAUUAAAUAUUAGUUUAAUUUUUCCACUAUUCUUCUACCUGCUUGGCUUUAAGAACACCACCCUCGUCCCCUCCUUUUAAUAGCUUUAGCUCUUCAAACUGUUUCUUGACCUAACUAAUUAACCAUGUAUGGCUAUAAUCCAUUCUUGGACACUCAUCAAAACCCUAGUGAACUACUUGAAAACCCUUCUUCUUCGCCUUUCUAUAACUUUUCUUCACCUUUUGUUGAUGAUGGUGAUUUGCUUCUGAAUGAAUUCUUAACACAUCAUCAUCAUAAUCAGCAGCAUCGAGAACUCGAAACAUUAAUGUCUCGUAAUCUUGAUUUGGCGGUGGAGACUUUUGGUAAUCAAGAAUUGAACCCACCUGCAGAUUCAAAGAAAGCAACAGCAAGAAUCAAUGGCAAGAAAACCGGAUCAAAGCCGGCGGUCCCACGAAAGAGAACCGGAAAAAAGGAUAGGCACAGCAAGAUUUACACUGCUCAAGGGCCGAGAGAUAGGAGAAUGAGACUCUCUCUUCAAAUUGCAAGAAAGUUUUUUGAUCUACAAGACAUGUUAGGGUUUGAUAAAGCAAGCAAAACCAUCGAUUGGCUCUUCACAAAAUCAAAGGCAGCAAUAAAGGAACUAACAGACAGUCUUCCUAAAGUGAAGAGAAGUAGUAACACGAGUGGUGGCAGAAGUGUUUCUGCUACUUCAGAUCAGAGUGAAGUUAUGUCAGAAAUCAAACUGACAAUGGAUAAUAAUAGAGACAAGAGAGUUAUGGGAUCGGAGAAUGACUCAGUUGUAAGCAUUAGUAGACAAAAAACAUGUGAAAACUCAAAUGCUAAGCCAGUUUUUGAUUAUCUUUCUGCAAGAGAAUCCAGAGAUAAGGCAAGAGAAAGAGCCAGAGAAAGAACAAAAGAGAAACUGAAGAACAAACUUCUUGACCAAUCAACAAAUUGUUGCUCUCAUUCAAACCCUAAAAAAUUACAGCAGCCGGGCCCCUCUAGCUCUCUUGAAAAUGGUGAUCAAGAAGAAGAAGAAGAAGAUCAAGAACCUAACGGUUAUAACUUUCAGCUGCCACAUCAAACGGGUUCCAUAAGCAUCGUUGACAAGUUCUUGGAUCUUUCUCGAAAUGCUGUAAUUUCAAGUGGUCCUGGUUUCGAGGAUCAUGAAUUUGCAGGGUUUCAUGCAAAUUGGGACAGAGCACUCAACAUGAAGCAUUCAUCAGCAGGUAAUUAUUCUCAUGUACAAAACCCUAAUGCAAUUUUCAUGGCAACCUCGUCGUCAAAUGCCCUAGAACAGAACCUUAAUUCAGUGUUUAUGGCUACUUUAGACAAACAAGAAGAAAACCCUAAUUCAGUUUUUAUGAACUUCUCAAAUGUCAAUAACAAUUAUGGCAGCUUGUAUUAGAGUAACUAAAAUCUUUAAUUUAUCAUAAAAGGAUUCAGAUUCAAGCCCUAAAA